CACCCCGGAGAGCGGCGAUUCUGCGCCUGGUAUGGACUCAGCAGCCCAAGGGAGACUGGGAAUUGAAGUCCAACAUAUCUAAAAGUCGCCAUGAUUGGAAAAACGGGGCUGUAGAGGAUUGAUUGGUCGAUGUUGAUUUCAAUUCUAGGUUAUAACAUGGCUGACAACCAGAUUGACCCAUUGGUAUGCAUGGCAAAACUUAAUGAACAUUGUCAGAAGAACUUUUUACAAUUGGAGUAUAGAGAAAUUUAUAACAAAGCCUCAUCUCACGAUCAUUUAUUCACUGUAGCAGUUGUCAUUGACAAGGUCCAAUAUGAAUCUGCCACUGGUAAAACCAAGAAAGAAGCAAGAGCUCUGGCAGCUGUAUUAGCCUGGAAUACCAUACAAGAGCAAAAAAAGGUAAGCGGAGGAGUGCCUACAGACCAAGAUCUAAAUCACAGUUCCCCAAUCUUUUCUUAUGCGUGUCAGAUUGGUGAUAAAGUAUUUGAUGUUGGAAGAGGAAAUAAAGUUAAAACAGCCAAAAAAGAAGCAGCCAAACUAGCAUAUGAAAAGUUGACCAGAUCCUCAACUUUCAGAGCAGAAGAAUGUCCUAAUCCUUUCAGUGAUUCUUCAGAUGUGACAUCUAGUAGUAGUCAAAGUCUAUCGAAUGAAGCAUCUGGGAGCAGUACAGAUUUGGAUUUGGAACUGGAGAAGACAUCUGACACACUUACUGAACAUGCUGAUGCCAUUUCGCUAAAUGAAACUUCAUCUUCUCAGAACGCUGUCAGUCCACCUAGUCAAUCUGUGAAACCUAAAAGAAAAGAAACACCCUCGGCUCCAAAAUUUUCAGAUCUGUCUACAAGAACAAGUAAAUUCACCAAAAAUGACAGAUUUCUUCAAGAUUUUGUUGAUAUAGAGGAAAUUGGUUCUGGUGGAUUUGGAAAUGUUUUCAAGGCAAAGAAUACCAUUGACCGUAGAUUAUGUGCUAUCAAACGCAUCCUUUCAAACAAAACAGAAGAUGAAACAAGAGAAGUUAAAGCAUUGGCAAUACUGGAUCACCCGCACAUUGUUCGAUAUUAUAAUUGUUGGAGUGGAGAAGAUAUUUUCCAGUCGCCUGUUACCGGGAAGAGCAGCUCACUGAAAUUUAACUGCCUCUUCAUUCAAAUGGAACUUUGUGAAAAAGGAAAUCUAUCGGAUUGGUUAGAUCAAAAAAAGGGACAUUCUUGCAAAAGUGUUUCUAUAAUUCUAUUUCAGCAAAUAGUGGAAGGAGUGGAUUAUAUUCAUUCUAAGAAUUUAAUUCAUAGAGAUCUCAAGCCUCUAAAUGUAUUUUUUCAUGAUGAAAAUCACAUAAAAAUAGGUGAUUUUGGGUUGGUAACAGUAGGUGUCACUGACAGACAACGGACAAUGAACAAGGGAACAUGGAAUUACAUGGCACCUGAGCAGGAAGGAAGCAAUUAUGACAAGAAAGUAGAUAUCUUUCCAUUAGGAUUAAUUUUGUAUGAAAUGCUUUCCCCAUUUUACACUGGCAGUGAGAAAUGUCAGGAAUGGCCCAACAUUAAAGAAGGAAAACUUCCAAAAACAUUCACUAGGAAGUUUACAAAAGAGACUUCUCUAAUUAAGCAACUGCUUUCCAAAGAGCCAAGUCAAAGACCAUCAGCAGCGGAUAUUUUGAGAAUCCUAAAAGGCCAACCUCAUACACUACACACUUGUUAGUGAAUUUGUCAAAGCGCAGGUUUUUGGUUCAUGUUUCUUUUGCUUUUCCUGAUGUCUGAAUACACAGAUUGCGAGACACAUUGAAAUGUGAAGAAUUGGGUUACUCAUUGCUAUAUUUGGGAUUUCCUGAGAAGUCAAAUGCAAAGAACUUCAGCAGAAUGGGAAGAUCUAAUGGAAAUAGAAAGAAUGCAUUUUGCAAGACCUUUUAAUCUCAUCCUGUGUGCAAAUGCAUAAUGGCAAUCUGAAGUAUCUGGAUUUUUUUUUUUUAACAAAGAGUUUUAAUGUGCCAUUCCAAUACUGUUGCUAUACAGUUAAGUUUAAUAUUGUCUAGGGAAGUUAAUACUAUUCUUCUAACUCAUGGAACUACUCGUAAUCAAGUGUUAGUUGCUAUCUUUUGCUUUGUGAAAAAUAGUGCUAUGUGAUAAAUCUACAGUUUUAUGAUGAGAGUAUUCACUUCCUUUCAGAUUUUUUGAACCUUUGCAAAUGAAUGCUAUUGGAGCUUCAUAUAGAUACUACAGUAUUGAUUUAUGAAAAUGUUAUAGAUGAUAUGGGUUGGUUUCUUUUGCAGAACUGUAGAUGUAAAUCCAUAAAUCAACCUUUUAAUUUGCAAUGCAUACAUGGGCAGUUGUUUUGGAAAGACAAUGCAUUUAAUUGCACUUAGCUUUCAUUUUUCUUACAAUCAAGAGUAAUGCAUCUAACAGUGCUUAUAAUUAUGUUGUUUCUAAAACAGAUUUAUAGAAUACAUUCUAAUAUGCUAACUUGCAUUUGUGUUUUGAGAGUUUAAGAACCGUGGUGGCGCAGUGGUUAGAAUGCAGUACUGCAGGCUAUUUCUGUUGAUUGCCAGCUGCCUGCAAUUUGGCAGACUGAAUCUCACCAGGCUCAAGGU